GCUUUAAUUGUGGAGGACCCUGUGUCUAGUGUAGAAGACAGGACUAAAUACUCCUCAAUUAUAUUGCAGCUUACAAACACUGGAAAUGGUUGCCAAUAUUAAUUCAACAUAUACAGCUGGCUGAGGAAGAAUGCUUCUCAGUUUCAGAGUCACUGGAGGAGGAGUGACGGUUGUUUGCCAGCCCCUAGAGACUUGGACCCGGGUGAGAGGAAAGGACCGUCACAGCAGUAGAGAGAAACGGAGAGAGGCAGUGAGAUCAUGCCAACAACGCAUGUGUUACAUUUGCAGAGAGAUCUGUAGGUGAAGAAAGCGAGGGAGGACGAGAGAGGGACUGUGCCAGUGCCUUAGAGAGAGAGAGAGAGAGAGAGAACAAUAUAUAUACAUAAACAAUACAGGAACAGUAACUAGACUAGGUGAUACUUUAGGAAGAGAGAAGUCAAAGACAGAUACUGAGAAGAGAGGGAGAGAGGAGAAAGUGUUGGAAAAGACUACAGUGGAUAACUGGCUUUAUGAAGGGGAGUGGAAGGAAGGCAGAGGGACAGGGGACAGACGCAGGACUGGGAACACUGAGCCCGGUUGGAGUCCACCAGGACAAACUGAAACUCAAAGUAUCUGAAGAGCGAGAAUUAAUCUCACGCACUGCCCAGUAAACACACGCUGAAAAGACAGCUCGCUGAUGCCGUCCGUGCUGUCAGGUCUGAUUCUGAGAGGCUGAACAAAAAACGAUGUUUUCUUAAAGAAAUAAAGCAUUUCUAAAAACUACUGGAAUCAGUGAAUGGGAUUUGGGAUCCUCUGUUAAAAUGGGCGUGUUUCACUCCAGCUACUUGGAUGCGAAGCAACGCAAGUACCUAGCAGGUCGCACGGUCGCAGUUCUGAAGAACUUCAUCCCACACUAUCAAAGGCAGAGCGCAGCUGCCUAUCUGGAGCACGUCCGCAAUGAGGUGGAGCAGAGAGGAGGGGAGCCCACGCAGCUGCUGUACUCACAGGAUGCUGUGCCCCCGGGGGAGGUGCUGCGGGAGGGGACCCUGCUGCUGUUCCAGGAUCACAAGUGGAAAGAGCGCCAUCUGCAGGUGACCAGAGACUUGACAGUGGAGUGCUAUGGCUCCAAAGAGGCCCGGUCCACACUGCUCCUGUCAGCCUGUCAGAUCUGCACCUCCCCUCAGCAACUCCACCUCCUACUGGAGGAGUCCUGCCACUACACCACAGGGGGUGGUGAGUUGCCCCUUUGCCCCUCUGAGUUCCCCGUCUUCCUCCUGCACCCCUACUGCGCCCCGGUGUGUGUAUGUGCCCGCUCCAGAGAGGACCAGCGCGGGUGGCACAGAGUGCUGGGCAGCGCAGUAAGGCACCACAGCUCAGCGCUGCAGAGGAGACACAGCUACGAAGCCAAGGCCCUCUUGGAGGCUGUCCGCUUUUACAGGCAGGAGAAGGGCAGCUAUGGGAGCGGGGUCCUGACAUUGGGCUCAGAGGAGGAGGUUCUCAGUAACCUGGUUAUGGAGGAUCUGCUGCCCUGGCUGAGGACCCAGGUGUUCCCCCAGCUGCGAGUGUCCCAGGGGAGGAGGAGCAGCACCUGGAUACAGCUGGUCUGGGAGGUGCAUAGCCGGGUGAGUCAGCAGGUCUCUGUGGAGCUGAGGGUUCUGAAGGAACAGGACACUCUGCAGCUCCCCCUGCUGGUCGGGAGGAUUCGCCCCAACCUGGACCAGAUCGUCGAGCUGCAGGAAGACAUUGCAGGCAGGCUGGCAGAUCACAUGUCUGCAGUGAUUGAGCGGGGUGUGACACGCUCAGUCUCCCCUUCGCUCCUACUGGUCCUUCAGAAAUUAGCCCCGCCCCUGAGAUCCGGCUUCAUCGGCAUCAGACAGCUGUUCACAGACGCCUGCGAUGACAUCAUCAGAACUGGACGCUGUGGCCAAUCAGCGCAGGAGCUGGCUGCCCCCCUGUCUCAGCUCAGCAGUGGACAGAGCUUUGAGCUGCUGGAACUCCUUGCAGAGAGGCUGGGGGUCCUACGGGAGUGGCUGGGGGUCGAGGGGGCGCCGCUGAUCACCCUGCGGGCCCAGAACACACUGCAGCAGCUCCUGGACAGUGCAGUCUACACGUUCAGAAGUCUUCUCUGUCAGCAGCUGAGUGAGUCCCGGAGCCCCUCCCAGCUCUCUCGCACUCUGCACAGGGUCCGCGGCAGAGUGGCAAAGAAGCUGGAUCAUGACUGCAGGCUGGCUGAGACCCGGCUGUUCCAGGAGGCCCUGCUUCUGAUUGCUCAGCCGGUCCUGUUGAGAGAGCUGGAGCCCAGCUGCAAACUGGGGCUGGCGCAGUAUGAAGAGAUGGUGUUUGCAGAUUACAGCACAGUGAUUCACAUCGAGAAUAUCUAUGAAGACGUUGUGGUGCAGGCUCUAAUGAAAGAGAUCAAUGAAGUUCUGACCUGUAUACCUGACAGCACCGACCAAUUGGACAACCAGCUGACCACUGCCUGGAGAGGAUCAUCCAAUCACCUUUCAGACUCCAGUACUGGGUCCUAUGACAACAUACCCAAAACCCUGGGGGAGGAUCCAGGAGAGCAAAAGAGCUGUGAUCAAGCUGAGGAGGCUUCCCAAAAAACUUGCACCGGGUCAACAUCAGUCUUGAAGACAGAAAGACCCACGAGCCAACAUGGAUCAGAUCGACUAAUCUCAGAUCCAGAUAGUGAAAAUGCACGUGUCUUUUUGAAGACAGACCAGAACAAUGCAACAGGAAGCUCCUCACACAUCGAAGACCAGCCCACCAGACUCCAUGCAGGUGAUCUUCAGUGCUUGGAGUUCACCAGCAUUGUAGACGCGAGAGAGCUGUUUUAUAAACCCCAGCAGGCUCUUGGUGGCAACCGCACUGACACACCAGAACUACCCAUCAAAGAGAGUCGCCGUGUUGCUAUGGAAGAAGGAGGGACGUCUGAAACAAUGGAAGACGGAGGUGAACAUCAGAAUUUUGAGGAGAGCAGGUUAAAGGGUCAGGAACCUAGUGGAGAUGCCUUCAAGCUUGGACCCAGCUUGUGCCUUGAGGAUGAGGAAUCUUUGGGGAUGGUUGAAAAGGUCCACCAGGUUCCUAUGGAAAUCAGAGAUGAUCAGCCUCCUGAAUUGAUGAACCAUGGCUUUGAUUUGCAAAACGGAGGUGGAGGUCCAUCUCUGGAUCCCGAGUCACGUGACCAUGUUGUUUUUGGAAAGCAGCACCAGGGUGGCCAAGCGGAGCUGGAGAACCAGCUGGAUAAUGGAUUGGCAAUGGAAACAGCAGAGAACUCUGGGAAAACUAUUGAGGCGACACGACCAAAGGGAACUGAGAAGGAGGGAGCAGGCAGUUUUGGAUAUGGUGGUGUGUGGGACAGGACAGAAAGUCCAAAAUGGGUUUAAGAUUUAACACACAGAGAUUUUUACUAUGUAGACACACCAGCGAUACAUACAGAAUCAAUAGACGUUUAAGUAGGGCAGCAGUGUGGAGUAGUGGUUAGGACUCUGGACUCCUGACCGGAGGGUCGUGGGUUCAAUCCCAGGUGGGUGACACUGCUGCUGUACCCUUGAGCAAGGUACUUUACCUAGAUUGCUCCAGUAAAAACCCAGCUGUAUAAAUGGGGAAUUGUAUGUAAAAAAUAAUGUAAUUGUAUGUAAAAAUAAUGUGAUAUCUUGUAACAAUUGUAAGUCUGCUAAGUAAUAAAUAAUAAUAAUUA